AUGGCAGAGCAUGACAAUACUCGUAUGUUUCUUACCUACUUGAAAAUAGGUUUCUUGUUUCGUCGUUACAAACAAAAAGAGUGUACGUGAUACUAACUGGCAAGUCCAUUGAAAUCUUUGACUUUGAGCGCAUGUCAAGAGGAGAUGAAGUGGGGAGGAAGGGAAGGAGUAUACCUCGGGACACGUCGCUCAACGUUGAAAGGUUCAAGGCGCCGCAUCCGUCUAGCGAUUUUAAAGGCAUCGGAUUUAUCGGAAGAGAUCCAGGGAAAGAUCUUUGAGCUUACUGAUCAAGCGAUCCAAAACUACAAGGUUGAGAAAGAUGUUGCAGCCUAUUUGAAAAAAGAACUAGAUCAGAUUUACGGGCCAACAUGGCACGUAAUAGUUGGAAAGAGCUUUGGAAGCUAUGUUACUCACGAGCAAGGCUACUUUAUUUAUUUCUACAUAGGAGAACUAGCCUUUUUGAUAUUCAAGAGUGGUUGA